AUGGACACCUCCAGCCAGAACUACUUUUCUCAUGGAUACUAUCACAAGCCCUCAAUUUCAGUGAUUCCCAGUCCUAAUGUCGCCCUUGGAGGGAAUUUCUACAUCCAAUGUGGGAGUGGAUAUUACAAAGGAGGCACCUUUGAUCUCUUCAAGGGAGAGUCUGCAUUGCAUGUGCGAUCUGAGACAGCUUCGUAUUAUACAGUGGAUUUUCACAUUUCUGAAGCCAAACUAGAACAUGGAGGAAUGUAUCAGUGUAGGUAUUGCUUCGAUGGCACAUGCUCGCAUCUAAGUGACAGACUUUACAUCAAUGUAACAGCUUCUCCCAAACCUUCCAUCUCAGUGAGCCCAGGUGAGGUGAUUUCUCUGGCAGGAAAUGCCAGCAUCCACUGUAAGACCAAAGAACAGCAAGAAGUAGAAUUUACUCUACACAUAGAAAAUUCUUCAAAUACUUAUGAAAGCAAGAAGAUGGGAUCGGGUGAAGUUCUAUUUCCCAUUAUCAAUGCCAAAGAAUCAGAUGGGGGCAUCUAUCGCUGUAGCUAUUGCUUAAAGUUCGUGAACACUCAAGCAUGCUCAAACUACAGUGAUGAAGUACACAUCAAAGUAACAGCAGACACUUUUCCAUCCAUGGAGAGCAACAUCCGCCUGGGAGUUGCUGGCUUGGUCCUGCUUUCCUUGGUGCUGAUCGUGGCUGAGUUCAUGUGGAGCCAGCAAGGCUGAGAAGCUCUGACUCGACUCAGUUCCACAAGUCAAGACCCUUCCUUGAGGCGUCCGAGACAAGCAAAGCCACAGGAAUCCCAUAGAGACUGGUUUCAUUUCUUGUUCAUCUGAAGGCCAAAUUUCUCCAAGUACAAUACAGAGAAAAUCCUGCCUAAAAUCCUGGAUAUCUGCUGCCAGUCAUUGCAGACAAUACUGGGCUGAAUGGACCAACUGAGUCACUCAUUAUGAGGCAGCUUCCUGUGCUGCUUGCUUUGCUCAGUCUUAGGUCUCUUAGUAACCUUCUGUCACGGUCCUGCCUGGAUGUUUCACGAUCGAUUGAUACUGCACCAAUGACACUUUGUAUCCGUGGCUGCAGUUUCCCUCAGGCUGCCAGCUGGAUACUUGCUACUUUCUUUAGAUAACACAGACCAGGAUGUUCUUUAAGAAACAAGUUACAGGUAGGUAGCCGUGUUGGUCUGAGUCGAAGCAAAAUAAAAAAAUUCCUUCAGUAGCACCUUAAAGACCAACUAAGUUUAUAUUUUGGUAUGAGCUUUCAUGUGCAUGCACACUUCUU